AUGGGUGCAGGAGAGUUAUGCUAUGAUGAAAUUGGAAAUGAAGUAAGAAUGUUGAAUGAAAUGAGUGGUGAAUUAGUGGGAAAUAGGAACCAACAAGUGUUGUUUUGUGAUAACAUUAAUCAACAAGAAAUAGUGGCUAAUGAGGAAAUUAUUGCAACGGAAAAAGAGAAGGAUAAUAUUAGAGAGGAGAUUAAUAGUUCAAGAAUGUUAUCACGAGAUGCAAUUUCAAAGUAUUUUUAUAUGCCAAUUACUCGAGCUGCAAAGGAGCUUAAUAUCGGGUUGACACUUUUGAAGAAAAGAUGUAGGGAUUUGGGAAUUAGAAGAUGGCCUCAUAGGAAGUUGAUGAGUCUUCAAACACUAAUCAAGAAUGUUAAGGAAUUGGAGAAGGUGGGAGGAAAUGGUAUGGAACAAAAGUUGAAGGAUGUGAUAAAGCUAUUAGAGAAAGAGAAGAAUAAGAUGGAAGAAAUACCAGACAUGGAACUUGAGGAGAAGACGAAGAGAUUAAGGCAAGCUUGCUUUAAGGCUAACUACAAGAGGAGAAGACUCUUGUGUAUGCCAGAAUUACAUGCUUCUUUUGGUAGUUAUUGCUCUACUACUCCUUCUGUUGAUGAUAAUGUUGCUAUUGGUGAUCAACAUGAAGAAGAUGAUGAAGAGAUUAAGUCUCUUCUUGCUGACUGUUUCUCUUACAAUAGUCCAACGUUGCAUGACUAG